AUGAUGCAAGUUCCUUUGGGAAUGCAGCUCAUGCAGAUUCCAACUCAAGGUGGCGGAACUGUUACUGUCCCUUACUCAAUGAAUGCUAAUGGGGAAAUUGCGUUCAGCGGAAUGCAACUCGGCCAUCAAGGAUUCAGUGGUGCUCAAGUGCGCCAAGGAUUUGAUGCAACUCAAGCUCAAACUCCGCAGAUCAUGAAGACUGGCUAUUAUGAUACGUCAAUUGUCUUUCACGAUGCUAUCAAGGGAAAGGAUGAGAAUGGCAAUGAUGUCUAUCUUAUUCCAUGCCCUACUGGUACGACAAAUGUUGAACUUCAAGCUGACUGGCACUAUGCUAGUGAAAACGAAGAUUUGCCUGAUCUUGCUACUGAAGCAGAUUGA